CCGUUAAAUCAUAUCAAAGCACGUCUUAAUCUGAAUACCGGCGCCGAUAAACGCAUCGCCAAAUCGCAUGUCUUUAAGAGCACGUCCGUCAAUAGCACCGGUAGUGCGCCCAACCAGACAGCACCUACUGGUGCCCCCGCCGCACCGCCUCGUGAUAGGGGUGCCGGUGGUGGCGGGCAAGCGACCGAUCCGGUGCCCAAUUGCCGCCACAUACCCAUUAACGCUAGGGAUAGGGCACUGGUAUCCAAUGGACAGCCAUGUAUUGAGCACUCAUUCAUUUCAGACCUGACGGAUGUCCGCAAAAUGGAGAACACAUUACUCACGCUUUUAGAGGACUUCCACUCCGGGAAACUCCGGGCUUUCGGUCAAGACAUCACGUUUGAGAAGAUGGAGAGCGUGCGGGAACAACAGGAACGACUGGCGCGCCUACACUUUGAUCUCGAUGUCCAACAGGAAGUCUAUGGACAUCAGACAGAAGAGGGUAAACGUAUGGCGAAGGAUAACAUGACUAAACUUAUCGAGAAUGUGAGACAACUGUCCCUUCUAUUGAUUAUAUGGUUUUAA